CACUCCCCAGCUCUUGAAUAUGAAUCAAAACAUAUGGCCGGCCUGUAAACUGUAUACAUAGCCGGCUGCAUAAUUGACCAGACAACGGAACUGCGGAUACGGAUUUUAUGACUUGGGAGAUGUAUUGACACAAAAUUGACGCUUUCUGUUAUUCUCAAGCUGUGGAGUGCGAUUUUUCUAGCCGAUUGUGAUAAAUACACUAGAUGCAAUGACUGAGAAAGUAGCUAAAAUCGACAGCGACCCGAGCGUUGAGAAGAGUGGAAGCAGUGGCUUUGUCUGUGGAGUUGUAGAGGGAUUCUAUGGAAGACCUUGGACCAGUGAGCAGAGGAAAGAUUUAUUUGUAAAAAUGAAAAAAUGGGGCAUGGACUCGUAUCUGUACGCGCCAAAGGACGAUUACAAGCACAGAGCUUACUGGCGAGAGUUGUAUUCUGUCGAGGAGGCUGAGCAUCUUACCGCCCUCAUCACUUCAGCUAAGGAGAACGGAAUUAUUUUCUACUACGCCAUCUCUCCUGGUCUGGACAUCACCUACUCUAGUGUCAAAGAGGUGUCAGCCCUCAAAAGAAAACUAGAACAGGUGUCCCAGUUUGGGUGUGAAGCAUUCGCCCUUCUCUUCGACGACAUAGAGCCUGAAAUGUCUGAGGCGGACAAAGAGGUUUACCAGUCGUUUGCCCAUGCACAAGUUUCCGUAACUAACGAGAUCUUCCAACACUUGGGACAGCCCAAGUUCAUGCUGUGCCCAACACAGUAUUGUGCAGCCAGAGCAGUUCCUGAUGUUAAGACUUCUGAGUAUUUGAACACCAUUGGUUCAAAACUUGUGCCAGAAAUUGACGUAAUGUGGACAGGUCCAAAAGUGAUUUCACGAUUGCUGACUGUCGAGUCGAUAGAGGAAAUAACAGACGUGCUGAAGAGACCUCCAAUUAUUUGGGACAACCUGCACGCCAACGACUAUGACCAGAAGAGAGUCUUCCUUGGCCCCUACUCUGGCAGGAGUCCAGAUAUCAUGAAGAAGAUCAGGGGAGUGCUGACCAAUCCCAACUGCGAAUAUGGCGCUAAUUUUGUGGCCAUUCACACUCUGGCCCAGUGGAGCAGAUGCAGCAUAGAUGGAAAAGUUGAUCUCAGUUUAAAUGAUACAGUGAGUGCUGACAUAAAGCUAGAAAUCGAGACUGAAGACGGCGUGGCCGAGGACGUUCCUACCACGCUCACCCCCCUGAUGUAUCACCCUCGGCGAGCCCUGCGCAACGCCAUCAUUGAGUGGCUGCCCGAGUUUAAGAAGUCCCGGCACGUCUGGGGUCCGAUCGAGCCGAAGCCGCAGGUCAUCACAACCAACACUGUUUGCACCACAAUCGCUCCGAGUGCUCCGCCAUCUGCUUUCCCCCCAACAGUCAACACUUGCAUCAGUGUCACCACGACCACCACAUCGUCAACAACGGGCUGCAUCGCUGUCCCGGUGUCCAACCACUCGUCACAGUUGGAAACCUUGGCUGACGUCUGCAGUUUUCCUCAUCCUGGACCCUUUGUAAAUUCGUUGGCAGCCGACAGCAAAAUUGCGAGCAGUGAUGAUGGCGGGUCUCAAACCAGCCAAACCACAGAGCCGAUGGAGGUGAACGCAACACCAGAUUCAUCCCUUCCUGCCUCCAUAUCAUCCACUGAGCUUAAGAAGUCGUCCAACGAGGAUGUGGCCAUGGCAGAUAAUGUAAGCUGCGAGAGUUGCUCCACCUCAGUGACCCCAACUGGAUCAUCAAACAUGCAGAUGAGCAGUGUUCUCGGCGGCAGCUCCUCCAUGUUGGUAGAAGAGACGCUGACCGGCCAAGAUCGCGAUCUCACAGAGGAAGAUUUGAUUCUGUUGUGCGAACUAUUCUACCUUCCCUUCGAGCAUGGCGCGCAGGGCUCGCAGCUCUUGCAGGAGUUCGCUUGGCUCAAGAUGAAUGCCGCCGCUGUGAUUCAAGCUAAAAGCAAGUCUGACGGAGAGAUCAGCAGUCCAGAGGUGCAGGAGUGGAUGAAGAGGUCUGAACGCUUCAACGAAAUCACCGAGUCUCUGAACCAACUUUUUCAGAGACUUUCAUACAGCAAUAAUCGAGAGCUGUUGUUUGAUUUGUAUCCAUAUGUGUGGGACAUCAGAGGAGUGGUUUCAAUUCUCAGCUGCUACGUCAAAUGGCUAGGCUCAUCUAAAUCCUUAAAAGAUACUCUCAACAACGUUGAUCAGGAGGCCUGGAUGUUUCGUGGAGGACUGAUUGCUGAUCUACAGCGACAAAUUCCAAUAGACUCAAGCAAUGACCUUUUUCUAUACAAACCUCCUGAUGUGCCUUGCCACAAAAUCUACAACAUACGACCUUAUUUGCCAGCUGACGAGUCGGCCAUCUACUCUAUCUGCAUCAAAACAUGCAUGGAUGGCAUGGACGGUACUGAGACGUUCGAGAAAUAUCCAGAACUUGCUGCAGACAAGAUUGUCGGUCCCUUCCUCAACUUUUCUCCAGAAAAUUGCUUUGUAGUUGAGGACGGCUGGGAUAUAGUUGGCUACGGCCUGGCAGCUCUUGACGCCAAGGAUUUUUUGCGCAAGUCAGAAAUGGCCUGGAUUCCCAACUUACGUGAAAAAUACCCUAAAACUGAAUCUGCAGAAACUGUGGCUGAGAAAAUGAUCAUUGACAUCUACAGUUUCAAAAACGAUUUGCCCGACGUGUUAGCUUCUCACAACCCUUCGGUCAUAACAUCUGCUUUGCUGACUUCAGUUCUGGACCAGAGUGUGUCUAAGCGCCUCAUGACUUGCAUCUUCGCUGCCUUGAGAGCCAAUGGUUCUCUGGGCUGUCACGUAGAAAUCAAAACGUCGGAGAAGUAUCUGCACGAGUUUUAUACCAAGCUGGGCUUCGUGGAGAUUUGUCAAGGUCAAUACCCCGAUACAGUUUUCUUAGGAAGAUCAUUUUAAGGACCAACACCAGUUUGGUGUUCAACGGCAUGCUUUUUGUCGAUUCCCUAAAGCUUUCUUUUCUGAAAUACGUGUUUUGGUGGAUGUUAGAACUUAGUUGCAUCUUACAAAGAUUGUGAUUAUACUUUUAUGUAAGCCAACCGUACGUAAAUUAAUCAUGUCUUUUUUAAACUGAUGCAUUUAUAUUUAUAACAAUUAGUUGACUUAAUAAAAUAGAAAAUUACUAAGA